AUGACUUCUCUAUCCCCCAAAAGCCUCCUUUCCGCACUCGAAACCCUCACAUCUAACCCGCCCGCUUCACUCCUAGAAAACCACAUCCUGAAAACAAAAUUACGACUUGCAGCUCGAGAUUUAUCGCUUGCUCUAGAGACACCGGCUGAUGCUCUUGCGAGAGUGUUGCUUUCUCAGCCUGUAGAAAGUGUUUGCAUUCGUAUCGCGUGGGAUUUGGAUCUAUUCCAUCUACCAUCCACCGGAGAAAAAACAUUAGAGCAGUUAGCACAGGCUACCGAAGCAGAUGGUGUUUUGCUUGCGUACAGGGCCUUACCUGGAUUCCUGGCGGAUACAAAGUAUAAGAACCCGACGAAUCCGCAGAAUACUGCGGUGCAGACUGCUUUUCAUCAUCCAAAUAAAGAUUUAUCUGGGAUUCUUGGAGAGAAACCCGAUACUGCGCAGGCAUUCGCAACGCUGAUGGGUACCUGGGCGGAAGGAACCUCGUUGGUGCAGGAUCUUUUCCCGAUAGCUCGAUUUCUGGCGGAGGGCGAUAGUUCGAUCUCGGCUUUGUGGGUGGAGGUGGGAGGUGGGUAUGGUCAAAAGACUGUCGCGCCGAGAGCUGCGUUUCCGGAGCUGGAGGGCCAGUUUGUGGUGCAGGAUUUGCUUCAUAUUGUUAGUGGUGCGGGUAGAAAUGAGGGAAUCGAGUAUUUGGUUCAUGUCAUUUUUGAGGAACAGCCAGUUAAAGGAGCUCGAGCAUAUUAUAUCCGUCAGGUUCUUCAUGAUUUUCCCGACGACAAAUGUGUGGUUAUUCUCACUCGACUGCGCAAAGCUAUGAAGCCGGGUUACUCCAAGCUUUUUAUACAUGAACAGAUUGUUCCGAGAUCGGGAGCGUCGGUGUGGGCAGUCACGCAGGACUUUAACAUGAUGACACUUUUGGGAGCGGCGGAGAGAACGCGAGAUUGUUUUGUAGAUAUGCUCUCGCGAGCGGGGUUGAGAGUCUUGGGGUUCUAUCCGACGCCGGAUGGAGUUUCAGAGGGGCUUGUGGAGGUGGAAGUUGAGUGA